AUGUAGUAAAGUUUUAAGAAAAUUGGAACUCAUAAUGGAGCAUUCCAUGUAGAUGAAGUAUUAGCAUGUACUAUGUUGACCAAAUAUACUAAUGAAUUUAAAAAUGGAAUAAUAACUAGAACAAGAGAUCCAGCUAUUUGGGCUUAAUAGGAUAUUUUAGUAGAUGUUGGAGGAAUUUAUGACCCAUAAACACAUCGUUAUGAUCAUCAUUAAAAAGAAUUCUAGGAUUCAUUUUCUUAAGAUUUUCAUAUUCGUUUGAGUAGUGCAGGAUUAAUCUACAAACAUUUUGGAUUAGAAAUUAUUUAGAAUAUAAUUAAUCAUAUUAAUGCCACAGUUGAGCUCACUAUAGAAAUUGUAAAAUAUUUCCAUCAAAUAUUAAUAGGAAAAGGUUGAUGAAAAGUCACUUAACAUAAUGUAUUUAAAAUUAUAUAAGAAUUUUAUAUAAAGCAUUGAUGCGAUAGAUAAUGGGAUUAAUCAAUUUCCUACUUAAGAUUAAAUUAAAUAUUAAAUCAAUACUCAUUUAUCAGCAGUCAUAAACAGAUUUAAUCCAAUUUGGUGUGAAAAAAAUUAGGAUGAAAAUGAUAGAUUUCAUUAAGCAAUAGAAUUCGUUAAUAAAGAGCUUAUUUCUUAAGUGAAAUCAAUUUAUUUGUAUAUAUUUAUUUUAUUUGAUUUAGAGGUUGGUAUCCUGGAAGAAUUUAUGUUCUUUAAGCUUUUGAAGCAAGGAUUGAAUAAGAUCCAUCUGGAUAAAUUCUUAAAUUACCAAUUGCUUUACCAUGGAAAAGUCAUGUCUUUGAUAUAGAACAAGAAAAAGGAGUUGUUGGAUUAAUAAAGUUUGUUUUAUAUCCUAACCAAAAUGAAGGAUGGAGAGUUUAAGCUUUGUCAAUUUAGGAAGAUAGUUUUGAAAAUAGAAAGUCUUUGAAAGAAGAAUGGAGAGGAAUCAAAGAUAUUUAAUUAUUGAAAGAUAUAUCUGGCAUUGAUGAUAUUGUAUUUGUUCAUGCUAAUGGAUUUAUUGGAGGAGCUAGAUCUUAUGAAAAUGCAUUGAAAAUGGCCAAAUUAAGUCUGGAUUGAUC